AUGGACCGCCUGCGACGGCUCUUGGGAGCCAGCGGCGGCGCAGGCGGGAGCGCUGCGCAGUCGCCCCUGUACAAGAAGCACACUCUGGAUGCGGAGGAGUUUGCAAAUGAGCUGUCCAAGCUGGUGCCCAAGGUGGAGGCAGUCCCUGCCGCCGGCCAACACGCCGCUUCUGGCGGCAUCGUGCAGCUAACGCUGUCGGUGCAAGGCAUGCACUGCUCCGCGUGCUCUGGAGCGGUGGAGUCGGCGCUGCGGGAGCUGCCGGGAGUUCUGGCUGCUGACGUGGCGCUGCUGAGCGAGACGGCUACCGUGCGCUACAGCGCAGCCACCACAUCAGAGGGCGAGGUGCUGGCUGCCGUCGAGGGCUGCGGCUUCACCGCCCGCGUGGUCAGCAGCAGCGCGGAGGACGGCGGCGCCGGGGCAGCAGCAGCAGGUGGCGGCGGAGGCGGCGGCGCGGCGGCCGUGAAGCUCAGAGUGGAGGGCAUGCAUUGCGGCGCCUGCUCCUCAGCUGUGGAGACGGCGCUGAAGGGCGUCCCGGGCGUGGAGGCGGCAGCGGUGAGCUUGACCAUUCACCAGGCGGAAGUGAGGUACCGCAGCAGUGGCGGCGCGGCAGACAUGGAGGAGCGGCUGGUGGCGGCGGUGGAGGCCUGUGGCUUUGAGGCAUCAGUCAUCGGCCCCGUGGAGUGCCGCCAGCAGCUGCUGCAAGUGGAGGGGAUGACGUGCAGCAGCUGCAGCGGCAGCGUGGAGGCGGCACUGCAGGCGGUGCCGGGCGUGCAGUCUGCCGCGGUCAACCUGAUUUCGGGGGUGGCAGAGGUGCAAUACGAUCCCGAGGUGGCGGGGCCACGCCACCUGGUGGAGGCGGUGGAGGGCGCCGGCUUUGUGGCCACUCCUCUGUCCGGCCAGCGGCUAGCCUUUGUCGACAACAACCGGCGAGAGACGGCGCAGUGGUGGCGCCAGUUCCGCACCGCCGGGCUGCUCACCCUGCCUGUGUUCAUCAUUGCGAUGGUCACCCCCCACAUGCACAGCAUGCGCUGGCUCUACUGCACCAUGGUACUGGGCUUCCCUCUGGACCAGGUGGCCAAGUGCCUGCUGACCGCCCCGGUGCAGUUCUGGAUCGGCUGGCGCUUCCACCGCGGCGCGUACGCGGCGCUGCGCCGCGGCCGCGCCAACAUGGAUGUGCUGGUGUCCAUGGGCACCAACGCCUCCUUCCUCUACUCCCUCAUCUCCAUGCUGCACCACCACAUCGCCUCCCACCACACCAGCGGCGCCUACAAGCCCACCGACUUCUUCGAGACGGCCGCCAUGCUGGUCACGCUGGUGCUGAUGGGCAAGUACCUGGAGUCGGCGGUGACCCCCAUGCGCAAGCAGGCGGGCGACGCCGUCAUCGGCGGCACCGUCAACAUGAGCGGCCCGCUGCGCAUCAGCGCCUCCAGGGUGGGCUCCGACACCGCUCUGUCCCAGAUUGUGCGGCUGGUGGAAAGCGCGCAGCUCAGGCAGGCCCGGGGCGUGGAGCGUGUCAAGGCACCCAUCCAAGCCUUUGCCGACCGCGUGUCCGCGGUGUUUGUGCCGGUGGUGGCGGCUCUGGCGCUGCUCACCUGGCUGGCCUGGUAUCUGGCUGGCAGGCUGGGCUGGUACCCAGACACCUGGCUGCCAAAGGCAAGCAGGGCGGUGGGCCACAACCAUUUCCUCUUUGCCCUUCUCUUUGGCAUCGCGGUGCUUGUCAUCGCCUGCCCCUGUGCCCUGGGCCUGGCCACACCCACCGCCGUGAUGGUGGGCACAGGGGUGGCCGCCUCCCAGGCCUGCCUCAUCAAGGGCGGAGAGGCACUGGAGCGAGCCAGCAGGGUGCGCACGGUUGUGUUUGACAAGACGGGCACGCUGACGGCUGGCAAGCCGCACGUCGUGGAUGUGCGGGCGCUGCACCCGCACCUGGGUGUGGCAGACGUGAUUGAGCUGGCGGCGGCGGUGGAGCAGCACAGCGAGCACCCGCUGGCCUCCGCCAUUCUCAAGCUGGAGCGGCAGCAGCAGCAGCAGCAGCUCAAGCAGGACGAGGCGGCGAGCGGCGGCGGCGGCAGCGCCAGCGUGGCGCCGCCGCUGCUGCAGGCGCGGGAUGUGGAGGUGGCCAUGGGGCAGGGCAUUUCCGGCUGGGUGCAGCUGUCGCCGGCGGCAGGCGCCGGCAGCAUGAGCCGCCCCCACAGCAGCUCGCAGCUGGCAGCCAUGCAGGCGGCGGCGGCGGCGGCGGCGGCGCCAGAGGCGGAGCUGUCGCCACCCGCGGCAUCGGUGCGCGGCGGCGGGGCAGCCUCGCUGGCCAGCCUGGUCUCCUCGGCAGCCAGCAGCCUGCCUCGGCAGGCAGCGGGCGGGGCCUUAGAGAAGAAGGCGGCAGCCAGCGGGGUGCUGGUCACGGUGGGCAACGUGCGGCAGCUUGCGACGGCAGGCGUGGCCAUUCCGCCGGCGGCCGAGGCGUACAUGCGAGAUCAGGAGGGCCGGGGCAGCACGUGCGUGCUGGUGGCGGUGCAGCAGGCGCUGGUGGGCGUGGUGGCGGUGAUGGACCCAAUCAAGCCUGAGGCCAGGGGCGUGGUGGCAGCGCUACACCAGAUGGGCAUGCACUGCGUGCUGCUGACGGGAGACAACUGGCGCACGGCACGGUCCAUCGGCGACCAGCUGGGCAUUACCACAGUGUUUGCAGAGGUGCUGCCGGCCGGCAAGGUGGAGAAAGUGCAGGAGCUGCAAGCCCAGGCACCCACCGCAAUGGUGGGCGACGGCGUCAAUGACUCACCCGCUCUGGCCCAGGCCGACGUCGGCAUCGCGGUCGGCAGCGGCACUGACGUGGCCAUCGAGGCGGCCGACUAUGUGCUGAUGCGCAGCGACCUGGAGGACCUGCUGAUGGCGCUGGACCUGUCGCGCACCACCGUCAACAGGAUCAGGUGGAACUACUUUUGGGCACUGGCGUACAACAUGCUGAUGAUCCCCAUCGCGGCAGGCGUGCUGUACCCCGCCACCCACAUGCAGCUGCCGCCCUGGGUGGCGGGCGGCUGCAUGGCGCUCAGCAGCGUCAGCGUCGUCUGCUCCAGCCUGCUGCUGCGGCGGUACCGCCGGCCCCGGCCUGUGCUGCGGGACAUGAUCAUCAUCAAGCAUUGA